AUGAAGCGGCGUUACCCUGGUGACGUGAAAAUGGAGAACGCGAGAGCAGCGGCGGCGGUCGGCGUUUGGUCCACUCACGAACGGAAGCCCGCCGGCGUGGCUUCGAGCGUACCUUCACCGGCGGUUUCCGGAAGCGGUAAAAGCUGGUUUUGGAAGGUUCAGUCGGCGGCACCGCGGCGGUGUUUGUGUUUCUGGAACGCCCAGCGGGACAAGAAGGAAGAGGUUGCGUAUCCGAAAGAUGUAGCCUGCCUGCCGCGGGUCUCCAGCCUCAGCCCCAGCUCCUGCGCCCCCUGUGGCCGAGGCCCGACGACAGCCAGCCAGCCAGCCAGCCAGCCGCUGGGAUGCCCCCAACCUCGUCCUUCAAAGUCGACCUUCUCUCGGGGGCAAACGUUUGAAGAGCUUUUUGAAAUCGGCACAACGCAGAGAUCACAGGAAAUGGACGAAGACAAUCCCAUUCAAAACCAGACGCCAACGGACGACCCGAGUGAAGCAACGGAGACGGUAACGUCUCAAAGCGCUGCGCCACAUCCCUCAGAUCCAGCAUGCGAGCCCACCACUGCGCUGCCCGCCGCCACCGCCAGGCCACGGCGGCCCCAGAGAAGCUCCAGAGUAGAAGGUUCCGUAGACGUGUGUGAGCCCAACGCCGAGCCCACGCGGGGAGAUAUCCUUGGCGAAUGCGACGCCGACGGCGCCGCGCCAAGUCGUGCAAAAGCUGCCUCCGGCCCGCCCGUCAGACCCUCCGGCGACCGGCCCGCUCCCAGCCUCAAAGCCGGCCCAAAGGGUCCCGGGCACCACGCGGUCAGGGCCGCCUCGGUGCCCCACCCGCCUGCCGUCAAGGCUGUACCCGCCCACCUGAACCCUUACGCCCAGAGAGCGCUGUCUGUUGCAGGCACAGCCGACACUCAGGCUCAAACUGUCGAAGAUUUCAGGGUGCACAUCAUCACUUGGAACGUGGGUUCAGCCACGCCCCCCGACGACAUCACCUCCUUGCUGGGUCUGAACGUCGGCGACGGCAACACUGACAUGUACAUCAUCGGGCUGCAGGAAGUCAACUCUAUGAUUAACAAACGGCUGAAAGAUGUCCUGUUCACGGACCAGUGGAGCGAGGUCUGCAUGGAGAGACUCAGCCCCUUCGGAUACGUGCUGGUGACCUCCCAGAGGAUGCAGGGCGUGCUGCUGCUGGUUUUUGCCAAGUACUACCAUCUGCCCUUCCUCCGCGGAGUCCAGACGGAGACCACCCGCACUGGCCUGGGGGGUUACUGGGGAAACAAAGGUGGAGUCAGCGCCCGCAUGUCAGUGUUCGGUCACACGAUCUGCUUCCUCAACUGCCACCUGCCGGCUCACAUGGAAAACUCGGAUCAGCGCAUGGAGGACUUUGAGAGCAUCCUGCAACAGCAGCAGUUUGAGGGCCAGGCGGCCUCUGCCGUCCUCGACCACGAUGUGGUGUUCUGGCUUGGGGAUCUCAAUUUCCGCAUCGAUGACUUGGAAAUGCAAGUGGUGAAGACGGCCAUUGAAAAUAACAAGUUUUCGGUGUUGUGGGAAAAAGAUCAGUUAAACAUGGCAAAGGAGAGCGAGACGGUGUUGGAGGGAUUCCAAGAGGGGCCCCUGAAGUUCCCCCCCACUUACAAAUUUGACAUUGGGACAAACGUAUACGACACAAGCGGAAAGAAGCGUAAGCCAGCUUGGACCGACCGGAUCCUCUGGCGCCUGAGAGCCACGGUGCCCACUGCCGGCACCGGGAAGCGGAGUUCUGUUUCGGGGCUGACCAGCGGCACGAAAGUAACGCAGCACUGCUACAGAAGUCACAUGGAGUACGUCGUCAGCGACCACAAACCGGUCUCUUCCAUCUUUACCCUGCAGUUCCCUUACAAGGUGGACGUUCCCCUGGUCACGGUGUUGGUGGAGGAUGAGUGGAAUAGCAUCGCUGACGCCGUGGCCAAGUUCAAACUGGCACCCAACUAUUCGCGCAGCUCCUGGGACUGGAUCGGACUCUACAAGGUGGGUUUCAAACACCACAAAGAUUAUGUGGGCUACGUGUGGGCCAAACAGGAAGAAGGAGAUUAUCAUAGACAGGAACAUCAGGUAACCUUUACGGAAGAGGAACUGCCCAAAGGCUCAGGAGAUUUUAUCUUGGGUUACUAUAGCAACAACAUGAGCACCAUUGUGGGUGUCACGGAGCCAUUCCAGAUCCAGCUCCCCACAUCCGGCCACGACACCAGCUCGUCAGACAGCUCCGACUUCAGCUCCGAGGACGACAGCACCGUCGUCCUCAUGAAGUCCAGGUCCCGCAGUCCCAGUCCUCACAAGGCCAAGCAUCACCGCCGUCGGAGCGGCAGCCCCAGCCGCUCGGGUAGUCCCGCGCGCGGCAAAAUGAAGGAGGCCGACGGCGCUCCAUCCGUGCCGGCGUCUACGGGCGAGUCCACAAAACCCCCAGCAGAGGGCGGCCAACGGCUUGCGGCUCAAGAGAACGACAAACGGCGAGAGGAGCCGGGAGCCUGAUUCUGUCUCUUGGAAAGCAAAAAUGCGAAUGCCUUCAGGUGCUGACGCACGAUGGCCACGCUGAGGAAGGGUUCUGGCUCAGGUCGCAAGUCUUGUCAUGUGUCAAAUCUAACGCUGCAGUCCAAGUAUGACGAGAAACUACUACGACUGCCCCGUCGAGCAGACGCAUUUGCCAUCAAUGAUCUUUUGUUGCUUGUAAUGAUGCAUUUUCUCAUUUCAAACCCCAUCAUCCAUUCCCCUUUGGAAAUUUGUUAUUUUGAGACAUGCACAUGAUUGCUUUCGGACUUUAUUUGCAAGCGGAUGUAGCCACAACAGCGACUACAGGAAGACGGCGCAACCAGCAGCCGACUUCUCAAACCAAUCCCCCCCCCCCCCGGCGGGGUUAAUAACUCUUCCUGGAUGGCCAACCUCAAAUCUAAAAGCAAAUAUUUGUACGAGGGGCUUUCGCGACUCCGCCGUUAGCAACGUCAGCGGCAUUGCACGUGUCGGCGCGGAGAGCGAGUGCAAGCGUCGAAGGCCUUUAAAUAGACCCCCGAACGAGAUGCGGCGUCCUGCGGGAGGAUCGCUCUCAGCUGACACAGCACAGCUGUCCUGCCAGAAUUCACUUUUAUUGGCUGCGGGGCAGCUGAUAUUGUCGAGCUGAUCACAACGACAGCCGAGAUCUGAGCGGCCAUCUUUGAAAGAAAUUAGCAACAAAAAAAUGAAUCUGCAGAAAUCCCUUUUUUUUUUCCCCCCGCAUUAUCACUCAAUUAUGAACAGUUGCAUGGCUUGUGGAAAUAACUCUACCAUGUAGAGCAGCUACAUGGCUUCGCAUUUACAACGUGAACCACACCUGGCGUAUAUUAUUACGACAUAUCUCGAUUCCAACGUGCUAUUUCAAAUACCGCACAUGCUUCGUCCACUUUCAUUUCAUCUCCAGUGACUGCGUUCCCUUCGCUAAAAGUUCUCUCCCGUGACUGAUCCCGGUGUUUAACAGACAGUACAAUAGUGAUAUGAAUAUUGUGUAACCUCCGCCGGCCCGUAAGACACUUUGACCCCUUCUUGAACUUUUAGAGUUAGGAGUAUUGUGUAACUGUUACCUCAGUGUGCGCGCCGCGUCCGACUGGCGUUUGCAUGGCGUGGACGUGCUCGACAUUCCGGUGCUGUGAUUUCUGUGCCGUCAAGUGCUGUUUUUAGACUCUUUUUGUCGUUUGUGAAAGUCGUUAGGAAAUCAUUUCAAGAGCUGUGAAGGUUCAAAAUGUAUCUUGAAGACAACUGCGAGGAUGGGCACACCUGCGUAGAUCUGCUGAUUUCAAAGUGUUGACUACGUAUUUUAUUUUUAAAAUGAAAUUACAGGAUAGGCUAGUGGGCCUUUGUUUGUAGUAAGAUGUUUAAUAAAUAAUGUGAGAUGAAUUAGAAACAUUUACCCGUCAUGAUCAAUGACCUGUGGGGAAAAAAAAAAAAAAUUAUAUAUAUAUAUAUAUAUAUAUAUAUAUAUGCUGAAUGUCAUUGAUUUCCUAUGUGUCUGAAAUAAAUAUGUAUCAAAAGAUGGAUAAAAAAUUAAAUAUGGUAUUAAAAUAGUAGACACUCUAUGCCACAAAGUUUAUUUUCCUUAAAUUAUGCAUUUAUUUUCUUAUUUAGAUGUGUAAGUGUUCAAUGAGCCUGAAUUCUGCUGGCCAGUGAGGGAGCAUUAUUUCAUCCAAAAGUUUAUUUAUUAUUUUUUUUUUGAAUGCACUGAGCUUGAUUUCUCAAGUUGCUUGAAGAAUAAAUUACAAUAAAAUAUAGAUUUUUUUUGGUGUAUUAUGUGUACAUCAUUGUCUGCCUCUGUUUGACCUAUGAAAAUGAUUUUGGAAUGCAGAGCUAAAUGAGCGUGUGCAAAGGCGUUUUGUGCAUUUCGAACUACAACAGCAGGGACAGUGGCCUUUUAUUGCGGGUGGCCUACGGUACAGGGCUGUCAAACUCAUUCUUAGCAGGGGUCACAUUGUCGUUAGGGUUUCUGACAGAGGGCCAUCAUGACUGUGAAACCAUAAAAAAUCUUUAACUGACCCAUCAUAUUUACACAUUAAAUUUAUCCACUAGUUUUUCAACUAUUGUUGAUGUUUGGAAACACAAAAAUGCCCGCACUUUCCCAACGUCACCAUUUAUGAUAUGAGAAAUUGAAAUUUUGGUCCAGAUUUUUUUUUUUUUUUUUUACAAAAAUCAUGGAAGUUUUGAUUUGCCUUCACGGGCUGCAUAAAAUCAUGUGGCGGGUCGCAGCUGGCCCCCCGGGCCUUGAAUUUGACACCCGUGGUCCAAUAGCUCGUUUGCAGUGCCGCACUCGUGAAGCGGACGGAUACAUUUGUGAACAAUGUUUGA